CACUUUUUCUCUCCUAUGCCCCUCUCUCUCUCUCUCUCUCUCUCUGCUCUUUUUCUUAUCUGCUCUCUCUAAUUCUCUUCACUAUAUAAUCACUUCUCUUAGAUUCAAUCUUUCUCCAAUCAUACAAACCCCUUGGGUUUGUUUUUCUGUUGGGUUGGGUUUGGUUGGAGGGUUUAUGAGCGAUCAUGGGUAUCAAGCUUUUCAGUCUACAAAGGGCCCCGUGGACCUGUUUUCAGCUUAUGACCAACCACGUCGCGUGCGGCCAAAUCCAGCCAGAGCCACCGGCUGCGGCGAGGACAAUCAAGCUAAUCGAUUCAAACGGGUCGGUCAAGAUCUACACCCGACCCAUUCCAGCGUCGGAGCUUAUGAUCCAGUUCCCUACACACUUAAUUUGCCGCUCUGACUCGUUCUACGUCGGUCAAAAAAUACCGGCUCUAGCCGAGUCUGACCUGCUCCAACUCGGUCACAACUACUUUCUUCUCCCCACCCAAUUCUUCCAGUCCGUGUUGUCUUUCGUCAACAUUGCCGCCUUCGCUUCUGCUAAGACGACUCCGCAUCAGCCUUUCCGAAACGCGUUGAUGAAAAAGGCCGCGACUUGUAGACCGUUCGAUAUACAGAAAUCGCCUUCCGGGUGUUUGAGAAUACGCGUGACUGACGAGUUUAUAUCGCAAUUGAUGGAGGAAGGGAAUGUGGUGGAGAAUGGCGAUGUUUGUGAAGAAGAAGAAGAGACGACGACGAAGAAUGGAGUGUGUAGUACUCCACAGUUGAAGAAGGAUUAUAAGCAGCUUGUUCGUUCUCGGCAAUGGAGGCCGAAGCUUGAGACGAUCAGAGAGAACAAGGAGAAGAGAAAGUUGUCGUCUUUUGGGAUGAAGAGAAGGAAGAAAUCACAAGCCAAAAUCAGUCAGAAGACCCAACAACAGAGAUCAGAACAUCACGUAACAUCUGGUAGUAGUAAAACAUGUAAAGACGCCUCUUUGAAGGGCAAAAUCAAGAUUAUUAGAUCAAAGAAGCAGUGAAAUGGAAAUCAAACUUUCUUUUUCUCUCUUGUUUGUUGUUCUUGUUCAUAAUUUGAACAUGAUUGUACUCUGUAAACUGGUCAUAGUUAAUCUUGAUGAAUACAGAAAUGAAUAUAUCAAACACUUUCAUGGCAUCA